ACUUGCUAUGAUUGCAUAAUGCCGUCCAUAUGCAUAAUAAACAUAAUAAAGUAUGGCAAUACUGACAACGCCAUGUUUAUUUCUUUUCUUUGCCGUCAAAACUGGUCAAUUCCGUCAGUUUGUUGCCGCGUGCCCGUGAAAAAGCGGCAAUUGUUUUCGAAGCAAAGGCGAUAUUUUGAUUGCCGUCCAAAUGAAAAUGAGUAAAAAAGUACGUGAAUAUAAAGCGGGGGACUUUAUAUUUGCGAAAGUUAAAGGAUAUCCAGCAUGGCCUGCCAGGGUGCAGAGAAUGAAUGGAAAAAAAUACUUUGUGUAUUUCUAUGGAACAGGGGAGACUGCCAAUCUCCCGCCAAACAUGAUAUUUGACUAUAAAGAAAAUAAAGACAAGUUUUUGACAAAGACAGUAAAGAGGAGGGACUUUAAUGAUGGUGUUAAACAAAUUGAGUAUGACUUUGCCAACAAUGUGCCGCUGGAGCAAGUUAUUGGUGUUCCUGCUGAGGUUGACGAAGCUGCGAACGACACUGUCAAUGAAUCCACUGCAAAUGAAACCCUUGACACAACAAUGGCUGACACCACUGCAGAUGAGACUAUGGCUGAAGAGAACACAACACAAAAUGACACUGGGAUCGAAGACUCAGAUGAGACCGGUGCACUAGUUAUUGAUGAAGGAAAGCAAGGCAAAGCGGCCAAAAAGUCCACACCAAAGACACCGGCGACUCCAAAAGCUAAGGAACCGAAAACUCCUCGCGGAAGGAACAAGAAGGAUGAAGAAAUCAAAGAAGACCCCAAAGAGGAAGAGAAGAAAGAAGAGGAGAUAGUUAGCAGAAGCGGCAGAAAGAUACGACCUAAGAGAUACAUAGACGAACACACAGAAGACAAUGCAUCUCUGACGAUGUCGGCUCCGAAGAAACGCCGCGGCGCGUCUCCUGUCGAAAAGGAGAAGGAGAAGGAGAAAGAGAAGGAGGUAGAAAAGGAGACGAAAGUGAAAGAGAACAAAGAGAAGGCUAUCAAACAGUUCAAUGCUGUUACACAGACGGAACUCGAAAAUUUGCAAGAGCCGUUUACACCAGAAGACCCCGAGAAGGAGAACAUAGUGAUCGCCUACCUGCCGUCGGGCCAGUACAUCGGCGUCAAGCUGUUCCAAUGCAGGCCCAACAACUUCGCGAGCGAGGCCGCGCGCCUGCAGUGGGACAAGCGAGCCGCUAGCAACGCUCUCACUUUGAAGUCGCAAUUGGAAAAAGGCCACAUCACUCCAAAGUCGGUGCAGGAACAACUGGUAAUGGAUCUAAACCUGACUGACGAGGAGAAAGCCACUCUUGACAAGGAGCGAGACACUGAGGAGAAGAAGUCUCGUGUAAACUAUCUGAAAGUGGAGAUGAAGCUCAUAGAGUUGGACGCGAAGAUAAAGACGUGUCUUUGUCUGGAGAAGGCCAACACGGAGUUGUGUCUCAAGCUGAUCGAUGAACUUAUUGCUCUGGACAUAAAGCCGCUGAUGCUGCUGAAGCACCCCAGCACGCUGGAGACGAUCAAGCGCAUGCGCGCGUACGUGGGCAACACGCCGCAGUGGGAGCUGACGGAGAGCGACGCGUUGCUGUUCAGCCAGCACGCGCACAAGAUCCGCCAGCAGGCCGACGUCGCCUACAACUGUCUCAAGGGCCUGUUCACAAUCCCACAAGGGCUGUCGUUUUGGGAAUUCUUCACUGAAAGAGCGGACCAAUUCAAGAAGGCCACUGAGAAACUCACCCCCGACGAAGUACUGGAAAUGGUGCACUUACCCCUAGAAAUGUCUGAUCCCACUUCACACACAAUGGACGCGGCAAUAGAAGCGGCAAAUCAACCAAUAACGGAAGAAGAAGAGAAGGAGGAAGAAGUAAAGAAGACUAAAACACCAGCAAAAACAAAGAAAGCUGUAAACAACACCACACCAAAAACUCCUGCGAAACGACAAUCUUCUAGAAGCAAACCUGAAGAGCCAAAAGAAAAGGAGCAAACAAAUACAGAAGAUUCCACAGAAGAUAAAAACGCAGAACAAAAGCAAGAGGAACAGAAUAAAGAUAAAGAAUCACCAGAGUCCAAAGAAAAUGACACAGAAGAGAAAGAAGUGGCAAAAGAAAAAAAAGAGAAGAAGAAUUCAAGAGAUAAUAAAAUAAAAGAGGACAAUAAAAGUGCUAAAGAAAGUAAAGCCAACAAAGACGAAACUAAAAACACUAAAGAUGCUAAAACAAGCAAAGAGGAUGAUAAAAGCACAGAAAAAGAUAGUAAACAAGAAGAAUCAAAAGACAAAGAAGAAAGUGAAAAAGAUAGUGAAAUAAAAGAGAAAACACCAGAAAAGUCAGAUGCAAACACAGAUGAUUCUAAAAAAGAUACCCCAGCAGAAGAAGACAAAAGUGAGAGUUCUAAAGAAGUUCCAAAGGACACAGAGAAGGAUAGUAAGAGUACAGAUAAAAGUGAUAAGGAAGACAAGAAAAAAGAAGAUAAAGGAAAGGUAGAAGAAGAGCCUAGAGCAAAAAGGACGAGAGAGAGCAAGAAGACUGAUCCGCCGCGGUCGCCAACCAAAAGAAAGUCCAAGUUUUAACAAAAAAUUACACAAACAGCGGGUCCUAUUAUACAUACAGUCCACGACAAUGGUCGAAUGGAGAGGUGACGCAGAACGCGAGCCAGUCGCAUGUGACACCUCGAGGUGACCAGCAUUGUUUAAUAAAGGACAACUCAUACGGUACUAUAGCCGUGCUAUGACAUUACACUGUAUCUCCACAUACAGUGUUCUGUAGUAAAACUCAUACUAUUGAACGUUUAUUUCAAGUAGGCUCAGUUUACAAACACUUUUGACACAUCAGUUGACUAUUUGUAAAGAUUCUACCACUUCUUUUACUUCCUGUGUGAAGGUGGAAGCUGAUCCAAUGGCCUCCAAGCGCCUUUAUCUUUAAGGAACUCAUCCAUGGUGUAGUAAUCUCGACUAAGUAAAUGUUUUUAACACAUGUUUUGACAGUAAACUGUAUCUAGCAACUAACGGGGGACUGGAUUUUCUUAAAAAUUGAUGUUUUUACAUACAGUGUUUUGUCAUGGUACAGAAAACUAGACACGAUAUACUACACCCCCAUAUUCACCGCAAAUCUUUAUGUUGUAGAAGGCUCAUAAGGGGUAGAACUCGCGAGUACUAUAAAAUCCAGUUUAUUAAAAAAAAUACAUUACAUAAAAUGGAAUAAAAUAAAAAUAGAAGAACAGUUAGGUACAAAAUUUCAUCGUAAUAUAAUUUCAUUAUUAUUUUUUGAAUGUACAUAUAUUGAAAUUUUUUAACCGCAAAAUAUUUAUACAUAAAAUGUAAUUACUUAUUUGAUUAUUUAAAGGAAAAUGAAAAAAAAAAUUGUAAGUAUAAUCAAUUAAAAGUUCUUUAUAUAAAUAUUCAAGUGGAAAUUAACUUUACAUUAUUAAUUAAAUAGAAUUUUCACGGCACCAAUUGCUUGGUAAAUACCCAACUGUUUUGGAAUUCAUUACUUUUUUUCAUAAGCUUGUUCAUGCAAUGUGUUGGAAAUCAAACAAACACCACAAUAAGUUCGAAAUCCGUUGGACAAAGCCCAACAAAAUUAAUUUGUUCCGAGCCGUCUAUUAAGGCAUUGUUCAUCACAACAGGGGUCAUAUAUUUGGUAUCUAAACUGUGAUAUUGUAUAGUAAAGUUUUAUGAAGUGAAUAUGGGGGAUUUAUACAUAAUAUUUAUAUAUGUAGGAUAUAUGUUUGGUGUUAUAUGUGGGGCACGAUUGGAAGGCCGUUUUGACAUUUUUGACGCACAUAACUGUUUAUUGUCAACUACAUUCAAAAAAGCAAUUUCAUAACUUAAUACACAAGUUAGUUGUAUAAUAUCUCUGGUUAAUCAAUUAAUACAAGAAAAUAUAGGUAUUUAAUCUAUUUUAGUGUUAGUGCCAACAAUCAUACUAGAUUCAUAAUGUGUUUCCAAGGGUUAGUUAUGUCACAUUUUGUAACAAUUCAUAAAAAUCUAUGGUUGCUGUGUACUAAACUAGUAAAAUUAUAAAUUUUAUUGACAUUGGUGUGAAAAUGUAAAAUUAAAAUUAUCUGUAAAAGUUUCAAUACAUUGACAGUAUCUUACAGGUAGGAUGACAGGUCUUAGUCUUGUAACUUUUUAUUGUAAUGUGUAUUUAUAUAUCCAGUGUUGUGCACAAUUUUUUAAUAAAGUAGGCAUUUUACGUACAAAAUGUUAAUCCUUAUGGUAUGCAGUUAAUUUUUGCAUCUAUGGAGUGCACCCUACUGAUUAUAUAUCUAUUUCCAAUCUUCAUAUAUGAAUCAAGACAUCUCAAUUUUAUAUUUAUAUAAUUAUAUAUAAGAAUGUGUUAGUAUAUCGUGUCGUUUAUAGAAAUCGAUAAUUUUGUUAAAUCUUGAAGUAAAAUCUUUAUAUUAUUUUGUAAAAAUUAUUAAAAACUAAAGUAAAUCGAUCGUAUUCAGGUAUUGAUUGAUCAUGCAUGCUAUUGCUAUGAUAUGAUAUUGUAAGCAAAAGGAGGUAGAUAAGUUGUUUGCACCAUUAAACUCGGGUAAUUGGCCAACCUGAAGUCAGUCUUGCGGCGCAGGUCGCCGUAGACGGACGUGUUUGAAACGUCUCUUCAAAAAAAAAACCAUCUAGCGUUUUUCAUCACAUAUUUCCAAUAUAAUAUAAUCAUAAUAUUUCAUUUUAAAAUUUCACUUUUAUUUAUUUGUUAUAAUUAUUGUGAAUGCAACCUAUCUAUCUCUUUAAUAUUUUUUUUGUUUUAUAACAUCUUUAUAUAAUCAAGGAAAGUAUUUUUUGUACAUUGUGUUAGAACGAGUUAAAUUAAACUCAAAAACGAGUAGAACAUGAGUUUUACGAGUAUGUUAGCGGCAAGAUAAGAAGGCCGAUCUGACAAUAUGUAUUUAAAUAAAACAACUAAUAAGCUGUUAGAACGGCCUUGUCAUUAUGUAGCUAGCUAAAGAGCGAUUUUUGGAAAGGCCUCAUUAGGCCGCGUGCUUAUUUUAAACGUAUCGCAUCGUAAUGCAUCCAAUAAAAUAUAUUUUUUUGUGUUUUCAACAAUUUUUUUUUUAGAUAAAAUGUUUACAAAUGUAUGAUAGUAUUAGCGGACCCGGUCAAGCUUCGCUUUAACUUAUGUACGUUUUUUCCGUACCCCUACACUUUCUUACUUUACCUCUACCCUAAAAAAUUGUUAAAACCAUCGGUCUUCAAGGAAUAUUCUAAAAAAAAAUUAGCCAAAUUGGUUCCACCGUUCUCGAGAUUUGAGCUUAGCAACUGCUUUUAUACAUUCAUUUUUUUAUUAUAGAUUUAAGUACGUUUUGGAAGUCAGUUCAAAUCGUUUCAUUUACAUUUACGCCGAAAUUUUGAUUUUAAUACGAAAUAAUAGACUAUUUCGUAUUAAAAUGAAAAUUAAAAGAUUAGUUGUGAUGCGAUACGAUCAAAGCGAUGAUAUAUUUUUGCCGUUUGGCAUUGUUAACAUAUUAUAUUUAAUUUUACUUGACAAAAGAUUAUGUUAUUUUCAUAGGUAUAAAGAUAAACAAAACUAAAAGGUCCGUUUACAUAUGUCUAUGUCUUAGACUAAUAACCUGUAGACCUGCCACACCUAACAAUUUUUCACUACAAACUUAAGCCACUUCUGUGACUAUGUGAGCGUAACAGCUAAGCUAAUUUCAUUCGUCGACACGCACUUAUCGUACCGUAGCGAUGCGUCAAGGGCUCCCACUUCGGGGCACAUAAAACGGCUUACAAAUCCUGCGACUACACACUAUCUAUGUGUUAUAAAUCUAUGGUUUGGAUAUAGUUUAUUUUAUAAACAUAAAGCUCAGAAAUCUGUUUCAAAAAUGGAACGAUUAUUAUACAUGUUUCACCAUUAAUAGCUAUACAAAUGUUUAAUAAUUAAAAUUAAAUAACAUUAAGUUUAAAAGAAAUAUAAUUACAUCUAUUUUUUUUUGAAGUACUCUUAUAUGGAGUAGUAACAUUUUUGUAUUAGAAACUUUUCUAGAUUUUUAAAUCGUAAGAUAAUUUUUUAUUAAUUAAUAUUAAAUUACCUAUCUACAAGGUGUAAAUAAUUCGUGGCACAAAUGCAAAGUUAGCCAAGUAUUAUGUAGAAGGAUCUUUUAGAUUUUUGUCUUAUUAUUCGUUAAAUUAUGUAUGUUAAGUUAUAGAGAACGAAAAGUACAUUCUUUAUUUAAGUUUAUUAUACAACGUGGACUGUAUACAAUUUGUAAAUAGAUAAAGGUAAAAUUCGUAAUAAAAACUUUUUUCAAAAAUA